CCCGGUACACCCUGGUGAGGAGAGAACCGCUGCUCCCGGAGCUGGCACGGCUGGCAGGCCAGCUGGACGGCGUGGGAGGCGCUGCCCUGGGCCCGCUGCCGCCAUGGAUGAUAGCGAAUCAGAAGCGGCAGAGACGGAGCCGCUGGUGCGUCAUGGGACUGGAACUGUCCACGCGGGGGCGGAGACGACGGAGACGGCGGCGGCGAGGGGGCGUGUGGCUGGCCCAAGGUCACCAGGGGUUCGACCCCUUGCAAACAUCCGGCCGCGACUCUCCCUCGUGCCUGAGACAAAUGAGAAGAGUGCUGAGGAGGACAACGAGCAGCGGAGUUGUAAAGGAUGGAGCGAGAAAGCCGCUCCGGAUUCCCCGACGCCCAUCUGUCCAAUAUUCGGCGUGAAGAACUACCUUCACCAGUUCUACGAGAAGCAGGAUAUCAGCGACCCAGCCCUCUAUGAGGACCUGCCUCCGAUGGAGCAAGUGUUUCUAGUCAAGCACGGGGACAGCGGCUGCUCCUCCUCGGUGUUCCGUCUCUCACUGGUCCUGGGAGGUCUCCUGCUGCUUCUGGGGGUCGUCGCCUUCGUCGUCGCAGCCGUCGCCGCCAGGAGGACCGUCGUUGUCGGACAGAACGGCGGGGUAUCAGUGGUGGACAAAGUGGCCUCAGCACACAACGCCCAGGUGGACGCCCUCCUGCUGGUGGGCCUGGUGGCCGUCACUCUGGGGUCCUCAGUGGUGGCUGCUGCUCUCAUAUCCCGCACUUUCUGCUCCAGACCCGAGGAACCCAUAUAUCCCUUCAGGAUGGGCCAAUACGUGCUGGAGCCGCCUCUCUCCCCGAUGGACGCCAAGGUGCCUGUGACGGAACGCCUGACUCAAGUGCAACCUACAUGGGGACUAGCGAGCUACACUAGCGUCAGGAGUCUCAUGCCCCUCCCAUGACUCCUGGCGGCGCCCUCUACGCAAGCAGCAGUAGGGUGAUUAGCCAAGAAUGACAACGAGAGAGAGAGCACAGGGAUAGAAGUUGUUCACUAGUGCGUCGAGUUAUGGGGGAAUGGACGCUGUGAAGACCAGCCCCUUCCUCGUUCCGAGAACAUAGAUGUGUCAUCUCUAUCUUUCCAAUAAUAAGGCCCGAGGAAGAGUGGAUGUGCUUAGUUCCCAAGCAAAAUCAUUGGAAUACAAUCUCCUGCAUCUACAUUUAUAAUUGAAUGACAUUAUUGGGAAGAAGCUAAGGAGAUUUAUAUAUAUUUAUCUAAAAUAUCUGAUUGCUGCCCUCAUGUCCUGUCUUCAAUGGACAAGCGCAUCCCCACUCCUUAAAAACAGGACAAUGAGGGGGGGUUAAGCUAAAGAUUCUCUUACGAUUCAAUAAAUUCUUCCAUAAAUGCCAUAAGAGUAUUCUGCGGAAUACUAAGUCAUAUCUACAUAAAAGCAAAUUCAUAAUAACUCCAUCAAAUAAUUAGCUAUAGUGGUCUCUUGGCCACCGGACAAUAAUAUUUAAUGUUUUCUUGCCACGAUGUUCUAGAUGGCCAAAGUAAUUGUUAAAAGUGGUUUGAGGUAAAUAUUAUUUAGUUUGACGUAUUAAUCUGCCAUGUGGUAAUGUAUAUCCUUUGGUUUAACGUACAGUAUAUAUGCAUAUGUUUGAAGUAUACGUAUACAUUACUUUCGUUUGACGUAUAUACCUCUGUUUGAGUAUAUAUAUAUAUAUAUAUAUA